AUGUAUGUAGAUGACAUAGUGGUAAGGAGCUGGUCAGUUGAGGAUCAUGUGAAAGACUUAGAAGAAGUAUUUGCACAAGUACGAAAGUUUGAUAUGCGUUUAAAUCCGUCUAAAUGCACAUUCGGUGUUCAGGCUGGGAAGUUUCUAGGUUUCAUGUUGACUGCUCGGGGCAUAGAAGCCAAUCCAGAUAAAUGUCGAGCAGUAGUGGAGAUGAGAAGUCCGCAGAGCUUGAAGGAGGUUCAGAGGCUGGUAGGACGGCUGACGGCUUUGUCUCGUUUCAUUCCCCGGCUUGUUGAAUGUAUCAAACCUAUUAAGGUCAUGAAAAAGGAUGUACAGAUAUGUUGGGAUGGUCAAUGUGAAGCAGUGUUUGAGGAGGUUAAGAAAAUCCUCACUGAACCUCCAGAGAAGCCUGAGAUGAAGUUGGUCUAUUGUGUUAGUAGAGGUCUUAAGGAGGCAAAGGUCUGGUAUCAACGGGUAGAGAAGGUGGCGUUGUCCCUGUUAUACGCCGCUCGGCGUCUUAGACCAUAUUUCCAAGGGCAUCAAGUAGUGGUACGGGCCGAUCAUCCUAUUGAAAAGGUGCUUCAUAAACCAGAUCUAGCCGGACGAUUGGUUGGUUGGUCAAUAGAACUUUUGAAGUUUGGGCUGCGCUAUGAACCGCGCGGAUCGGUAAGAGAACACCAUUUAGCAGAAUUCCCAGUGGAGAUAUUCCCUGAUACAAACGAGGCAUUCUGUUGGAAACUUUCUGUGGAUUGUUCAUCUAACAAGCAAGGUGGAGGUGCUGGAAUUGUUCUGGAGGGACCGAGCAGGCUAAUGAUCGAGCAGUCGUUAAUCUUCAAGUUCAAGCUUAGUAACAACCAAGCUGAGUAUGAGGCGUUGUUGGCUGGGUUAGAAUUGGCGCGAGACUUAGGGGUAGAGCAUUUAGAAUGUAAGACUGAUUCUCGGCUGGUCGAGGGGCAAAUGAAAGGGACAUUCCAGAUUAAGGACGAUCAGUUGCAGCAAUAUGUUGACAAAUUUAAGCAGUUAGAGGCAUGUUUUAAAUCGGUUGAAAUCAAGCAUGUACCCAAAAAGGAGAAUUCCCGAGUGGACAUGUUGUCCAAGUUGGCCAGCAGGAAGGAGAAGGGUCAUUUAUCUUCGGCCGUUUUCUCAAUGGGGAAUGGACAUCGUAGGGCCAUUCCUGGUCGUGAGAGCACAGAAAAAAUUCUUGCUCAUAGUAGUGGAUUACUUCACCAAGUGGGUAGAAGUCGAACCACUAGCUACGAUUUCUGCCUCUCAGGAGAAUCGCCGUUCAAUUUAACCUAUGGAAGUGAUGCGAUGUUGCCCGUGGAGGUGGGCGAGCCAACUGUUCGACAAAUGGCAAAUGACAUGAACGCAAAUGAAGAAUUCUUGAGAAAUUAUUUAGAUGUGUUGGAGGAAAGAAGAAGGGUGGCGACCAUAAAGAAUGAAGCUCAGAAAAGACUGGUAGCCCAAAGGUAUAGUACAAAGGUACAGCGCAAAACGGCGAACGCAAGGAAGAAGCCAGAAGAGGGGACGUUAGCUUCCAAUUGGGACGAUCAGGUGAAAAGGAGUGAGGAAAAACGAAGUCAGAAAAAUGACUUCAAAGAAUCUCAGGAUGUCAGAAAAUUGACUCCUGAUCGAGAGGAAAGGAGUAAGGCCAAACGAAGUCAAAAAAAUGACUUCAAAGAAUCUCAAGAUGUCAGAAAAUUGACUCCUGAUCGGGUGGAAAGGAGUAAGGUCGAAAGAAGUCAGAAAAUUGACUUCAAAGAAUCUCAGGAUGUUAGAAAAUUUACACCUGAUCGGGAGGAAUGA